AAAUCCUUGUCAACUCAAUCCAUACAAAGCCCACGAAUUUCUCACAAAAUUGAAUACAAUACGAAAACACACUUUCAAGAACGAAGAAUCCUGUUAAAAUCCUUUGUCUUUAAUCAGUUCAGUUCACCAAAUCAAUGGAUUCAAAUCCUAGUUCUCAAACCAAAUCGGCCUCGCGCCUUGCAAGGAUGAGCUCUGAAGAGCCGCCACGUCAGUUUCCAGGCAUUAUUUCUCCUUCUCCCAAGAGACCCUCUUCGGUAUCUCCCGCUCUUCCACUCUCAGAAUUGCUCUUACUCUCAUCUUCUCCAUUGAGAAAAUCGAGAACCCGUUUAGCGGAUCGUCUAGAUGCAGCUGAGGAGUUGGCUCUGGAGUCAACUGGGUGUCGUAGGAGAUGCAAAACAAGAGGAUCUCAAAUGGGCAUAUCGGGUUGUGGAUCUCCGAGGAAUAGGAGGUUAAGGAGGAGAUCGGAGAUAGAGAUAAUGAGAGAAGAGAGAGAUAUUGGGUUUGUCGAUGAGGUUGGGAAACCAAGAAAAAAGAGGCAUAGCGUGCGGUCAAAGAAAGAGAAGCUUAGUUUGGUCCCUUGUGUUCCCUCUUUGAAUUUAUCUCCAAAAAUGGAUGAUGGUGGUCACGGUAAUCUUGACCGAAUUGGGCAGAUGUUUGCUGAUUUGAUCAUGUGGAGAGAUGUUGCAAAGUCGAGCCUUUGGUUUGGUCUUGGGUGUUUGUGUUUUUUGUCUUCUUCUUUUACCAAAGGAGUUAACUUUAGCAUCUUUUCGGCGAUUUCGCAACUUGGUCUUCUAUUCUUGGGGGCAUCAUUCUUCUCAAAUUCAAUAUUGCAAAGAAAUAAUGAUGAAAGGAAGCGUGAGUUCAAGCUGAAAGAAGAGGACAUUUUGAGAUUCGGUAGACUAAUUCUUCCUGCCACAAACCUUGCAAUUUCAAAGACGAGAGAGCUUUUCUCAGGAGAGCCAUCAACUACCCUCAAAGUAGUACCAUUUUUGCUUCUAGGAGCUGAGUAUGGUCAUAUUCUAACAAUGCGGAGGCUUUUUGCUCUUGGGUUUUUUAUUAGUUUCACUGUCCCGAAACUUUACUCCUGCUAUUCUAGUAGGAUCUACCAAAAAGCUGAUAACAUGAAAUCUUACAUGCUCGAAGCAUGGGGAGCUUGUUCUCACAAGAAGAUUGUGGCAGCAUCAGCAGUCAUGGCCUUCUGGAAUCUGUCCACUGUAAAAACCCGUAUUUUAACAGCAUUUAUCUCUUUGGUAAUACUCCGGCACUGCCGACAACAUCUAGCGCCAGAAGAACUGGAAACAGUAGAAGGGGAGCAAGCAUUGGUGGUGGCAGAAGUUAGGGAAGUCCAGAACUAGCAGUUUCUGUUUUCUCUAAGCAUUUCUAACGCCAAUGGGGGGCAUUGUAUUCCUAAGAGCUAAGCUAAUAUUCUUUUGUAGCUUAACAUUUGCUCAUUCAUGUAAACAAUAAAUGUGUUUUUUUUUUAAA